AACAAAUCGUCAAAUGAAGUGAAAUAACAAAACAUUUAAUUAUUGAAUCGCUUUUAAUGCCAAACACUUGUAGUUGUGAUUCAGUUGUGAUUCAAUUGUAAACGUGGUUUCAGAUGAGGGAAAGCCGUCGACAGAGACAACACUUGUAGUGACUAAUCUGUAAAUGAUGUCCAAUCAGUCGUCUUCAGCCAAUCAGCAAAACGUCACUCAAUUGAACACUGAAUCCGAUGCCAAAGAGAGCCAUAAAUUCAAUUUCAUCUACACUUCAGACUUGGAUGACGUCUUCUUUCGCAUCAAAUGCGGUACGUUAGAGGGAUUGGAGGCAAACAGUCAUCUGAACGAUCACUUAGUGUCUCCCCAUCUGUACAUCACAUGCGAUCUCUACUCCAAUGGACAGCUCUUAUGUCCGACACAACAAACCCCUUACAAACACAUGACCACCAGAUUUGAAUGGAAUGAAUGGCUGUUAUUUCCUCUCAAGCUGUCAGACAUUCCUCGAGACACUCUCCUAAGUCUGGCAGUUGUCGACACUUCCAGUACAGCGAAGUCAGAGAUAUUGGGCGCCACCGCUAUCACCGUAUUUGGCAAACACGGCUCACUCAGGCGAGGCAUGUAUGACCUCAGGGUUUGGCCUAAAGCUAACUCCACUAAUGAUAAUCACGACAUCACUCACGGGAAUAACGGGAAACACAACAUAUCGGAUCAGAUCAACCGAAUUAACAAAGCGAAGAAGAAGUUCAGGAAUGGAGAAGUGGUGCGAAUGGAUUGGUUGGAUAGACUCACGUUUCUUGAGAUCGAGAAAUUGGUUCAGACGGAGAAGAAGAAGACUAAUUAUAUUUAUUUGUCGAUCGAGUUUCCUGUGGUGUCAGUCAAUGGUAUCGACCAUUCAGUGGUGUAUUUCGAAAGGGGAGCCGAAGAGAGCUGUCAGUAUAGCUUUAUUGAGAACGAUUUGGUGAUAAUACCGGACCCGGAGAUGUCGAUGGAGAAUCUGGUGGAAAGCAAACACCAUAAACUGUCCCGAAGUGUCAGGAGUGGUAUCAACGACAGAGAUCUGAAGCCCAACUCAACGGUUAGGGACCAAUUGAAUGCCAUUAUGUGUUAUCCGCCGACGAAAGUGCUGUCAAACGAAGAACAGGACUUAUUGUGGAAAUUCAGGUUCUAUUUAGUGAAUCAGAAGAAAGCGUUGACCAAAUUCUUGAAGUCAGUGAACUGGCAGUUGACUAACGAAGCGCAUCAGGCGAUUGAAAUGCUCGCAAACUGGCAGCCAAUUGACAUCGAAGACGCUCUGGAACUGUUGUCGCCUCAGUUCCAACACCAGGCCGUCAGACGCUAUGCCGUAACCCGUCUGAGACACGCGCCCGACGAAGAGUUGUUGUUAUAUUUGCUUCAAUUAGUUCAGGCCCUGAAGUAUGAAAAUUUUCAAGACAUUAGACACGCGUUUGAAAAGGAAAAGAGUGUGUCUAACGAUGAGAAGACUUCUGAUAGGGAGAGGAAGAGCAGCACAGCGUCAGCUGUUUUAAGCGAAUCAUUCAAUGCUUUGAAAAUUGAUAAUCAAUUGAAUGAAAACAACACUGAAAAUGAUUUGAAUACUAAAGAGGAGAAUUUGUCGACAUUCCUGAUCUCGAGGGCGUGCGCUAACGACACAUUAGCCAACUAUUUCUUCUGGUAUUUGAUGGUUGAGUGCGAAAACGGACAGUUGGCUGACGUGACCAAUACUAUCAACGCUACGACUAAUGCAAACACAACCAACAGUAACGAACCGAUUAAAGUGAAUGACAUGUACUUAAUAAUGAUGAGACGGUUUAGUUUACGGCUACUGAAAGGCAGCAGUGAUAUGAAGGCUCGCAGACAACUGCUCUCAAGACAGCAGACGUUUGUGGAGAAAUUGGUUCAACUGAUGAAAGUGGUCGCCCGUGAGAACGGCAACCGCAAGAAGAAGAUAGAAAGGCUUCAGAACCUGCUGUCAGACGUCGAGACGUUUAAAAUCAAUUUCACGACCUUUGAUCCGUUACCCCUACCCCUCGACCCCGACAUCAAGAUUACGGGUGUCGUCCCAUCGAAGGCCACUUUGUUUAAGAGCGCUCUAAUGCCCGGAAAGUUGGCUUUUAUGGCCACAAAUAAUACCGAAUAUUUCAUAAUUUUUAAACACGGCGAUGACCUCAGACAGGAUCAGCUUAUUCUUCAAAUGAUUACUUUAAUGGAUAAACUGUUGCGAAGAGAAAACCUAGACUUAAAGCUCACACCGUAUAGAGUAUUGGCCACCAGUAGUAAACACGGAUUCGUUCAGUUUAUUGACUCCAUAUCAGUGGCCGAAGCUCUGGCCGCCGAAGGGAGUAUUCAAAACUAUUUCCGAAAGCAUUCGCCCUCUGAUGCUAUAUAUGGCAUCUCUCCCGAAGUGAUGGACUCAUACGUUAAGUCAUGCGGCGUCGGAGACCGACAUUUAGAUAAUCUAUUGCUCACCAGAACCGGAAAGUUGUUUCACAUAGACUUCGGGUUCAUUCUGGGAAGAGAUCCGAAGCCAAUGCCGCCGCCAAUGAAGUUGAGCCGCGAAAUGGUGGACGCGAUGGGCGGCACAAACUCCGAACACUACCAGUCGUUCCGAAAGCUGUGUUACACAUCAUUCUUGCAUCUGAGACGACACGCGAACCUUAUACUCAACUUAUUCUCGCUUAUGGUCGACGCCAGUGUUCCCGACAUAGCCUUAGAACCGGACAAAACCGUGAAGAAAGUUCAGGACAAGUUCAGGCUAGACCUCAACGAUGAGGAGGCCGUGCACUACAUGCAGGCGCUCAUCGAUGUCAGCGUCAAAGCAGUCAUUCCAGCGGUUGUCGAACAGAUCCACAAAAUGGCUCAACCCAUUGCUUCCAACACAAGACAUUGUCACACAAUUGGAUCCAAUUAUCAAAUCUGUGAAAUGACACCAAAACUGUCGGAACCGUUACCACCGGAUGUGAUCACUCAAGACAUGCCUAUCAUUCAUAUAAUACACGAGGAAUACAAAGACAAGUAUUGCGAUAAUUGUGUCCAACGAUCGGAUCAAUUGAAGAGAUGUGCGAAAUGUCUUCACAUGUAUUACUGCAGUAAAAAGUGUCAGAGAAUGACUGGAAGUAUCACAAGAAUCGCCGCAACUGUGGCCGAGACGUGUGCGUCGGGCUGUCGUCGCCCCUACAGUGGCCGAGUCGUGUGGGUCGGGCUGUCAGCGCCGCAACUGUGGCCGAGACGUGUGCGUCGGGCUGUCGUCGCCCCUACAGUGGCCGAGUUGUGUGCGUCAGGCAGUCAACAGCCACAACUCGCCGCCAACUGCUGCACAACUCGUGCGCUGGCAAUCAUCGCCGCCGAUCUAUGGCUCAAAUAA